AUGUAUAUCCUCCAUGUUAUCGUAUUUUCAUGCCUAAUCUUGUCGAUAAACUCGCAUUAUGUUGGAAAUCCAUGUUGUAAUACGGGCUGUUGUUGUCCCGGGUGCAAUCAGUGUGGCUAUGGAGGCUAUGGACAAGCGUAUACAAGGUAAAUUUAUAAUUUUUUUCAAAGGCACGGUGCAAAAAAAUUAUUUUGAAACUGCACAGUGCGUAUUUUUUGGAUUUUGCACUGUGCAAAAAUAAACAGCACAGUGCACUUGGCGGGAAAAGACAAACUGCACUGUGCAGUUGGUCCAAUUCUCAUUGCACGGUGCGUUUGUCAGAAUAAAAGUGCAACCGCACCGUGCAAAAUGAAAAAAAAUUGAUUGCACUGUGCUUUCAGUCAAAAAUUGUGCGAUAAAUUGCACUGUGCGCCUCAAAGGAAAGCUUUUGCACUGUGCGGCCCGCUGAAGACGUCACAGUGCAACUGCGACAAACUGCACCGUGCAAAAAGAACAAAUUUACUGCACAGUGCUUCUUUUGACAGUCCAGCGACAAACUGCACUGUGCUGCCUCUAAAAAAAGUUUUUGCACAGUGCAGUUCUCGACAAACGUCACAGUGCAAUUGCGACAAACUGCACCGUGCAAAAGAACAAAAAAUGACUGCACAGUGCUUCCAUUAACAAUUCGGCGACAAACUGCACUGUGCGGCUCCUAAAUAAAGGUUUUGCACAGUGCGGUCCGCCAAAAGCAAUAAACUGCACUGUGCAGCGCCACUGAAGCGAAAAUGACAUAAAAUAACUUUAGCACCUGCCCAUGUGAAUUGAACGUCUGCACCAGAUACCGAGUGAAUACAGUAUACCAACCGGUCGGAAGCUACGCCAAAUACAAACCCGCGGGAUAUCCGCAAAAUGGCGGGUAUGCCCUACCCGGAGGCUAUGCAUUGCCCGGAGGAUACGCUCAGCCGGGCGCACAACCCAGUGGUUUCCAAGUCGCGCCAAUUCCAAUCGGAAGGAAAUAG